CAUAGCUUAUAAUCACACAGGAAUAACUUUACCGUUGCUCCAACGCUCCCGUCCCACAAAAACUCACCUGCAUUAUUCCCAGCUGUUUUUCCUCCCUUCAGAAGCAAACUAACAGCUGCUCUGAGCUUAUCAAAACAUAUGAUGUUCCUUCUCACCUUAAAUUAUACUCUUUCACCUAACUUUACACUCAAUUUUCUUCAAACAAAAUACCCCACAGACCUUUUUAUUUCAUUGUUUUCAAAACAAGAAAUCUAACUUCUCAACAUAUAAAUAAACACAAUUACACAACUCUUCCUCCACAACAUCUAACAAAAAACAAAAAAAAAAAUGAAACACAUUUUCUUGAUAUUGUUCUUUUUCUUGUUGAAAUGCAUUGGCAUUUUGUCACAAGCUCCAGCUCCGGCUCCAGGUCCACCACCUCCAUUAAACGUGACAAAGAUACUCGAAAAAGCAGGUCAAUGUUCAACGUUCAUACGUCUACUACAAAACACACAACAACUCAAUGAAAUCACCUCACAACUCAACAAUUCCAACAAUGGAAUCACAAUGUUUGUGCCAACAGAUAAUGCAUUUUUAAACAUGAAAGCAGGCACGUUGAAUUCGUUUAACGAUCAACAAAAAGCUGAACUUAUCCAAUUCCAUAUCCUUCCUACAUACUAUUCACUCACUCAAUUCCAAACUGCUAGUAACCCUUUAAGAACACAAGCUGGAGGAACAACGGAUAGAGAGUUCCCGAUAAAUAUAACAACAACUGGAAGUUCAGUUAACAUUACAACAGGAAUUGUGAAUGCAAGUAUAUCAAAUACAAUAUAUACUGAUAACCAAUUGGCUAUAUAUCAAGUAGACAACGUUCUUCUUCCGUUACAAUUCUUUGUUCCUCCAGCACCAGCACCAGCACCAACACCUAUAACGCGUAAAAGGAAAGCAGGAUCCUCUGACUCUUCAUCAAAACAAGAUGCUUCCUCUGCUACUUCUCUGCUUCAAGAAAUGUACAAUGGGAUGAUUUUCAUUUUCUUGUUUUCUACUGCAUUUUUUUCGAGUUUAUAAGUAUGAUGAUCAUGUUAGUAUUUGUGUGUAUGUAUGCUUGUGAUUCUUUACCUAUAUUUCAUUGAAAAUGAAUUUUGAGUGUUUUCAAGAAUAGAUCUUGGUUAUUAUAAGUUUGGUAUUUGUAUUCAAGAGGUAUCUAUAUUUUA